AUGACUUCGAAACUAUUCCUACGCCCCGCAUUGGCUCUUAUAAGCGUUCUCUCUACCUCCAAAUCCGUGUUAUUAAACCCAGACCGCAAUGUUCCCUUGAACAAGCUGCUCCGCUGGACGGUUUACAACCACUUCUGUGCCGGGGCGAAUAAGAAGGAAGUCUCGAAGACUGUGGCAGACAUCAAAAAGAUUGGCUAUCAAGGUGUCAUUCUGGGAUACUCGAAAGAAAUUGUGCUGGAUCACAAUGAAGCUACGUCUCGCGAUCAGUCUGGUACUUCGCAAUAUAGCGACAAGUGCUAUGAGAUGGUUGAUGAAUGGAAGAACGGUACAUUGGAGACCUUAGGAAUGGUCGGCCCCGGUGACUUUCUGGCAGUAAAGUAUGAACACCCACAAUCCAUUAUCUCAAUACAAAGGCUGAUCUCAUUCCUUAGGUUGACAGGUGCCGGUCCCGUCUCAGUGGAUGCAAUGAUGGCUCGUGAGCCGAUGCCGGAAGCUAUGGCAAAAGCCGUGGACGAAAUCUGCAUUGCAACUGAGAAACAGGGUUCACGACUCUGGCUAGAUGCCGAACAACAGAUCCUGCAGAGAGGUCUUGACGACUGGGCCAUUGAUAUAAUGCGCAAGCAUAACAAGGAAGAGACCCCAAUCGUCUAUAACACCAUUCAAGGGUAUCUCAAGGGAUCCAAGGCAAAUCUCGACCACCACCUCACAUUAGCUGCACAGGAAGGCUGGACACUCGGGAUCAAGCUGGUCCGAGGCGCAUAUAUUGAACAUGAGACACGCUCUCUCAUUCACGAUACCCAAAAAGAUACCGAUCAGUCCUAUGACCUCAUUGCCGAUACGAUGCUUUGCCGAAGAAUGCCAACUGAGAGCAAAGAUCUACCAUUCCCGAACGCUGCACUUUUCCUUGCAACGCAUAAUGCCGCGAGUGCAGCAAAAGCGAUCACCACCCAUCAAAACCGCCUUCUCGCAAACAAACCUACGAUCAUGCUCGAAUGCGGUCAAAUUCAAGGCAUGGCCGAUGAACUCAGCUGCGAACUAGUCUCUAACUACGAGCGCGCUCUUGCAAACUCAUCUGCAGCCAACUUGACUGUCCCCAAAGCUUUCAAGUGUAUGACAUGGGGCACGGUUGCCGAGUGCAUGGGAUAUCUCCACCGACGGGCGAUCGAGAAUCGAGGGGCAGUCGAACGGACCCAGCAUAUGGUUACUGCAUUACGACGUGAGUUGUGGCGACGAAUCGUCGGAUAA